AUGACCAUAAAUGAGAAUAGAAUGCGAAUAAUACCCAUGGAUGAUACAAAGAAUUAUUCCGGAAGUGAAGAAAAUGAUACAAUAAAUUUGGAAAAUAAUUCAAACGAUUUAAGUAGUUACCAGAAUUUUCUUAUUGGUGGCCCCAAUACAGAGUCAUAUAAAUAUACAGACAAAAAUUGUCAUGCACUUGUAAAAAAAGAAAAAAAAAAUCCAACUAGCCAUCAAACAGCUAAUAAUUAUCAUUAUAAGAGUAGUAAUGGAAGUAUAAAACAUAUGCAUUUAAUGAAACGUAAAAAAGGGUUUAUAGGAAAAGAUCCAUAUUGUAGUACUCAUUUAAUAUUGGGUAGUGGACGAAGCAAUAAAAAAUUAAAAAAAAAAUUUUUAUGGAAUCGGGGUAUAGAUCAAAAUACAAAUGUAUCCGAAUUAUCUUAUAUUCGCGAUUUUGAAAAUAAUUCAUUUAUGCAUGAUAAUUCUCAACAUUUAGUUUUAUAUGAUAAUAAUAAUAAUAGAUAUAUGGAUUAUUCAAGAAAUGCAAAAGAAAUUCGAAGUGAAAAAAUGAGAUAUUUUUUUGUAUAUUCUCCUGAUAUUAUACAAAGAUGGUUAAGAGUUAUAUUUAAUAUUAUAAUUACAUCAUUAAUAGUCACACUUAUUUAUUUUAUAUUUAUAUCAAUAAGAGAAGAUAUAAAUAAAAAAGUUGCUAUUCAAGUUCAAAAUGUAAAAGAAGAAUCAAAUACAUGCAAAAAACAAUAUUAUGCUCAUAAAUGUGGAACUGUAAAUUUACCAUUAUUAAAUGAAAAAUGUGAAGAAUGGUUAAAAUGUAUGAACACAGAUCAUAAAUUAUAUCAAGAUAUAUCUUUUUUAUCAGCUCAAAUGUUAGGACAAAUUAUGAAUGCAUUUAUAGUUCAAUUUGAAUGGAAAAGUAUAUGUGUUAUCGCUUUUAUAUUCCUUCUUAUUUUUAUUGGAAGUAAUUAUGCAUUAUCAAUAGGUGGAGCUAAUAAAACUAAUAAUAAUGAUUAUAAUUUAUAUAACCCUAUUAUGAAUCCAUCUCAUGGUAUUCCACCAUAUUCUCCUUAUUUUAAUUUUUAUCCCUAUAUGUCACCACCAUUGAAUUAUAAUAAUCCAUAUAAUCCAGAUUUUACACUAAUGAACACUUCAUAUCUUCACAAUAAAUAUUUUCAAGAUAAUAAUUUUAAUAGAAGUCCUUACAAUUAUUCUAGUUCAUAUCAACAACAUAAUAAUGGUCAUAAUGAUUCAAAUAAUUCAGUUUCAAGAAAUAAAGAAAAUUCAGAAAAUUAUAAUCAAAAUCAAAAAGAUGGGAACAAAGAUUCCAAAAAAGUUGGGUUUUUGAAAUAUUUAACCAGAGAUUUUAAGUAA